AUGGCAGGGUCACAACUCAAGCGUCUCAAGGCGUCGUUGAGAGAACAGGGCAUAACUGGACCUCAGCAGUCGAAGAAACAGCGCCGUAAGAACGCUGAGCAAGGAAAGGCACGCAGCGAUAAGAGACUCCAGCGAGGUGUAGUUUUGGAGGGAAUCCGCGAGCAGUUUAACCCAUUUGAUCUGAAGCAUGCUGCUCGAGGCCCCAAGUUCGACGUGACAACCAACCGAGUCGCUACUGGAGAUGCUGCGAAGGGAAUUCGAGGACGACCGGGUGUCGCCAGAGCUGUGGGUGAAGAAAGGCGACGCAACAAGGUCGGAGGCAUUCUGGACAGACGAUUUGGCGAAUAUGACCCCACGAUGGCGCCUGAAGACAAGAUGCUCGAGCGAUUCGCCAGAGAGAAACAGCGAAGUCACAAGAAGAGCUCAAUGUUUGAUCUAGAGGAGGAUAUUCCCAUGGAAGGCGGUCUAACCCACGGGGGCAAAGCCUUGGAAUUCGACGACGACAACCCAGUGGACGAUUUCCAGGAAGAUGACCUGGCCAUGGACUACGACAGCGAUGGUUCCGUGAGGGAAAUGCAGCGGUUAAAGCGACUGCGAUCGUUGGCAUCGGCAGAUAACGACGAAGGUGAACAAGAUGAACCAGAAAGGAAGAAGACCAAGAAGGAAGUCAUGGAAGAAAUCAUUGCCAAAUCAAAGAUGCACAAGUAUGAAAGACAAGCUGCCAAGGAAGUCGACGAGGAUAUGCGUGUCGAGCUGGACAAGGAACUCCAAAGCAUUCAAAUGCUUCUCACAUCUACCAAGGGUUCACGACGCGAGAAUGGGGCCAACAACACUCACGCAUCUUCAAUUGCUGGUGUCGACAGAGACGCUUUCGACCGAAACUUUGAUCUUGAAGUUAAAAAGUUGGCACAGGACAAGCGUGCUCAGCCCACUGAGCGAACUAAAACUGAAGAGGAAAAGGCAGAGGACGAGUCUAAAAGAUUGAAGGAACUCGAGGACAAGCGUCAGAGACGUAUGAAGGGAGAGAUUGUGACUGACAGCGAAGAGGAAGAGGAAGAUCAGGAUAAGGCAGCCGACUUGGGCGGGAUGGAAAUGGAUGAUGAAGAUGAUGGUUUUGGCUUGGGUAGUGGUAUUCGCGCUCGUCCAACAGCUACAGAGUUGGGUUUCGACGAUGAGGACGAUUUCAUCAUUGACGACGACCUCGUCGCGAGCGGUUCCGAUGUCGAGCCUGUGGACAGUGACGAAGAGUCGGAGGAAGAUGAUGAAGACAUGUCACAACAGAAUGAGGUGGAUGAGGAAGACGAGUUUACCAGGGGCUUGCUGAACGAAGAAGAAGCCAGGAAUCCUAUCUUUCGAAUUGUCGACUCUGAUGCGAGGGCGGCAGCGGCCCAACAGUCGGAUGAGCACGGCCUACCUUUCACCUUUCCUUGUCCCCAGUCUUGCGACGAGUUUCAGGCCAUAACCACAGCCUACUCUCAUAAAUCCUUGCCAACAAUUGUCCAACGAAUCCGAGCUCUUCAUCAUCCCAAGCUGAAUAGCAAAAACAAGGAGAAACUCGGCAAUUUUGCCAUGGCUCUUGUGGACUUUGUGGCUCUGCCGUGGAAUGAAAAGACAUCUCCGCCAUUUGCCGUUUUGGAGAGUCUAAUUCGUCAUAUUCAUUCUCUCUCCAAGAUGUUCCCAACAGAGGUGGGUCGAAGGUUUCGCCAUCAUAUCUCGGAAAUUGGCCAACAUCGACCUUUGGCCCUGGAGCCAUCGGAUCUCGUGGUACUAACGGCUAUUGGCACCGUAUUUCCUACCUCGGAUCAUUUCCACCAAGUCGUGACACCAUCUAUGCUCACUAUGGGUCGGUUUUUGGGCCAGAAGGUCCCUCAUAAACUAUGCGACUAUGCGACAGGUGCAUAUCUUGCCAUCUUGUCCUUGAAAUAUCAGCAACUAUCAAAGAGAUUUGUUCCGGAAGUGCUUGGCUUUUGCUUGAAUACGCUAUGUGCUCUGUCGCCAUCUGCACCGGCCAAACGGCUUGGCAAUUUUCCUCAGCACGAACCCUCAGCUGGUAUUCGAGCUCAAAAACUUGAUGCUACUGCUGUUAGAAAGUUGACGCUAGGCGAUUGUGCAGCUGUCGGCUCAAAGAGCGACUCUGCCAAGGCUGCAACCAUUGCCACCAUGUUAGAUAUUCUAGAUGCUGCUGCUGACCUGUGGUCCGGAAAGGAGGCAUUCUUGGAGACAUUUGGCCAGGUAGUGAAGGUACUCGAGCACGUCACCAGCAAGACCUGCCGACCACAAUUGCCAUGUCAAAUCGUGGACAGGGCAGAAAAACUAGUAGCCAAACUCGGGCGGAUGCUCAGCCUUGCUCAAAUAUCACGACGGCCCUUGGAACUGCACCAUCAUCGACCACUUGCUAUCAAGACAUAUAUACCCAAGUUCGAGGAGACAUUCGAUCCUGACAAGCAUUACGACCCUGACCGGGAGCGUGCUGAGUUGGCCAAGUUGAAGGCCGAACACAAGAAGGAGCGCAAGGGGGCCAUGAGGGAGCUGAGGAAGGACGCCAAUUUCAUGGCUAGGGAGAAGCUCCGAAUCAAGAAGGCCAAGGAUGAGGCGUAUGAGAAGAAGUUCAAGAGGAUUGUGUCCGAGAUUCAAAGCGAGGAGGGCAAGGAGGCGAAUGCGUAUGAAAGAGAGAAGUCGGCGAGGAAGCGGGCCAGGAACAGGUAG